GUAGGGCCUGUAGCAACUGCUCGUCUUGUCUGCCUCUCCAAGGUUAGAGAUGGGCCCGACCGAGUAGCUGGAAAACAGUGGAGGAAACACAAAACUGGGAGACGAAUAGGGAUACGCGAUACUAGGAAUUAAGUUUUUUGUUUGUGGGAACAUUCAGCUUCCCCCCACACCCCCCCCCAACACCCUCCCCUCCCCUCGAACUGGGAUUGUCGACAGUGAGAUUGUCAGUGGGGACAUUGUUGGCAUCGUCGCUGUGGUGAGGAAGCUGUGCCGCGAGGAAACAGAUCGUUAUCUCCCUUCUUAUUUGUGCUUAAUGGAAACGCGCAAUCAUAAAAAAUGGUUGCAUCUGGAGGAAACCCGUGAAUGCACGCGAUCGGCUCUUCCCGACAUCGGUGCGUUAGAGAAGACGCCGCAGCUAUAGCUGGACUCCGGGUUGGGUGUGAAGUGUUCACUGUGCACCGUGUGCUGCUGGAGUGAAGGUGACUUGCGCCCCGUUGCAGUCAAUGCGAUGCGGAGAGAGGAGUCGAAGGCGCUCAUCCGGUACUUUUUCUGCGCUCCGAGGCUCGUCUAGGAAAAUAUUUGCGCCUCCUCUCAUACUAGAGGAGAGGAACGUGAGCGAGGGCAAUCACCACAGUCGAGGUUUAACCAAAGCAGAGGUGUGUCUGAGGUAAAAGAAGAGGGAGAGAAUAAGCCAGGUGGUGAGGAAAAAGUGCUGGAGUUUGGUGGGGGGGAUCAGACAAAACCGUUCUGUAUUAGAGCCGUUUUAUUAGUGGAUGUGUAUGCAUGAGUUCUGCAUCGAAUGGGCGCAAAAACCGCCCCAGAUCCGCCGGGAACAUCUUCCAGAUUGGCAAGCCUCCUUACCGAGACCCACAGAGGAGGGAGAGCACCGAAAGUACCCGCAAAGCCCAGCGCGCCGUGGCCGACUGCAGAAUGAUCGUUCAAGAAUUUAACACACUCGUGGCUCUGUACCGGGAACUGGUCAUCUCCAUUGGCGAAAUCACUGUCGACUGCCCGUCUUUACGGGCCGAAAUGCUCAAGACCCGGACUAAAGGCUGUGAAAUGGCGAGAUCGGCGCAUCACAGUCUCUCCUUGAUAUCGGGGCCAGAGGACGGGGAGAUCCACCCUGAGAUCUGCAGGCUCUUCAUCCAGCUGCAGUGCUGUCUGGAGAUGUACAUCACUGAGAUGCUCAAGUCUGUCUGCUUGCUGGGCUCCCUGCAGCUCCACAGGAAAGGUAAAGAAUCCUGCGGCCCACCCGGGGUUGAGACUAAGAUGGAGGAGUGCUCAGACAUUCCCAUUCUGGAGGACACGUCUUCCUCCCCGACUGACUGUCCUCAGCUCUGCUGGCUGGUGGCCACCGACAUAGAAAACAUAGAAAAAGAUAUGAGGGAAAUGAAGAACCUUCUCAGUAAACUCAGGGAGACAAUGCCUUUACCACUGAAGAACCAAGAUGACAGCAGUUUGCUCAACCUGACUCCCUACCCACUGGUUCGACAGAGGAAGAGGCGGUUCUUUGGGCUCUGUUGCCUGGUAACCAGCUAAGGGCCCCGCCUUCAUGGGUAGGAGGCGGCAACAAAGACACCAUGACCCACUGUCCCUCACCACUUGUGUCUCCCACCACUCUAUUACUGCCAUUUUCAAAUAAAUUGUCUCUUUCUCUUUUUUUUAAAGGCUACCCAUUUUAUAAUUUUAUUUUGUAAUACAAAGAAAAAAUUGUAACUGCAAUGUAAUGAAAACAAAAGUCAUGAACAUAUAUUUUAAGAUAUUUUGCAACAGACUUUCUUUUGGUAAAUGAAGUCCGAUAUCUGCUUGUCGGGUGUCAAAGGGAAUGCGAGGUCCAUGUUCAAUCACUACCACAUACUUGAGCGAAUGAAGUGAGGAUUAAUGUUUUAAAAAGGGAAUAUAAUAGUCAGUUUUUGUCGGAAAUAAAGGGAUAUCGCAAGAAAAGAUGCCAUAAGAAUAUUUGAGGAUGGUCGCAAAGAUAAAGUUAUGCCUUUGUCUGUCUGAGCUGAGGUGACAGAUUCGUGCAGAGUACGUUUGUUGUGUAUUACAGUCUCUGUUUUCUGUUUGUUGCUGUUUUUUUUUUCUUCUUAAUGUACUUAAUUUAGUCUUCCAUAAACCAAGAACCUGUACCCAACUUUAACUUUUCAGCUUCAAAAUGAAAUAGAUGAUACAAUAUUCAUAAAGACAACUUCUUUGCACACAAUAUCUAUCUAUAAAUUGAGACAUUAAACUUGUAUGUACACAUAAUCUUUACGCAAUGCUCUCUGAAUUAUUUUCAAAGGUGAAGACAAGCAAAGGGUAUCACGGUAUGAUAUGAGCAAGCCCUCUGUGUGAGGCAGUCAGUGCAGACAGAGGGCAGACAGCAUGGGUCUUGCUUAAUUCAGAUAGUGAUCAAUGUUUAGGGCCCAGUGAAGGUACUUUAGUCCAAGCUGAUAUAGGUCAUUUUACAUUGUUAAUAAAACUUUUGUUAUUGAAACUAA